AUGGAAUUGAACACUUCACCUCAAGCCCAACCGCAAAUACCCGUGGAAUUGAACACUUCACCUCGAGCCCAACCGCAAAUACCCAUGGAAUUGAACACUUCACCUCAAGUUCAACCUCCUCGAAACCUGACCAUCUUUAGUGCUUGCAAAAAACAAAACAGCAUGGCACUCACUUUCGAUGAUGGUCCUAGCAAGUUUAGUAAAACUAUCGACCAAAUUUUGGCACAGAGUGGCGCCAAGGCUUCAUUUUUUGUGAAUGGAAAUAACGUCGGAUGCAUAUACGAUCAUGCGGAAGACUUGCGCUCGCGCUACGAAGCUGGUCAUCUUAUAGGCAAUCACGGCUGGGGCCACGUCCACAUGAAGACCGCAGAUCGGGAGCAGAUGCACGACCAAAUUGGGCGAGUUGAAGAUGCGAUGAUAAAGAUUUUGGGUGUCAAACCGUUGUACUUUCGGCCGCCAUAUGGCGAAUACAAUAGGGAGCUUGUCCAAGUUUUGAAGCAACGUGGAUAUCGGGCCAUGGUCCUCUGGAGUCACGAUUCCGGAGACUCUUUGGAGGAGCCACCUCCACCACGCGAAAUAAUCACCACGUACGAGGAAUACAAACCUAAACAAAUUAUUUUAAACCAUGAAUCCCAUGAAUCAACUGUAAAUGAGCCACGCAGGGAACUGAAAGUUCAUCCCCAUAUAUCGGCUUCUCAGGUUAUGCCGGAAGUCAUUCCACAACUUCGUCAAAGGGGACUCGAGAUGGUUUCGGUUGGAGAAUGCCAUUCAGCAUCCGAGAGUGACCCCAGACAUUGGUACGAAGUGGUAGGCCCGCCCGGCACCCCAGAUUCAUCUUGGACAUGUCAAGGAACCCCGGGGCCUGGGGAGCUUUAA